AUGCAGUUUGUCUACCUGCAGCAGCGGGUCCACUCCCCCCAGCCUGAGUGUGAGCGAGAGUCUGAGCGAGAGUGUGAGCGAGAGUGUGAGCGAGAGUACUUCUACUCUCUCACCUCAGGGAACCGCUCGGACCUGAACUGCACCGUCCCCUCUGAGUUCUAUCUGUACGCUGACCUCUACAUCCUCAUCCCCAUCAUCUACUCGGUGAUCUGUGCCGUGGGACUGACGGCAAACACGGCGGUGAUCUACGUGAUCCUCAAAGCUCCGCGGAUGAAAACGGUCACCAACAUGUUCAUCCUGAACUUGGCCAUCGCGGACGACUUGUUCACGUUGGUUCUGCCGAUCAACAUCGCCGAGCACCUGUUGCACCACUGGCCUUUCGGGGAGGUUCUGUGCAAAGUCAUCCUCAGCAUCGAUCAUUACAACAUCUUCUCCAGUAUCUCCUUUCUGACGGUGAUGAGCGUCGAUCGCUACCUGGUGGUCCUGGCGACAGUGAGGUCCAAGCGAAUGCCUUACCGCACCUACCGAGCAGCCAAGAUCAUCUCGCUGUGCGUCUGGAUCCUCGUCAUCCUCGUGGUGAUGCCCUUCACCGUGUUCGCCGGCGUCUACGAGAACCCACACGACGAGAGGAGAGCCUGCGUGCUCAGCUCCCCAGCCCCGAGAGGCUGUGGUUCAAAAGCCAGCCGCAUCUACACCCUCAUCCUGGGCUUUGCCAUCCCGGUGUCUACCAUCUGCAUCUUAUACACCAUGAUGCUCUACAAGCUGAGGAACAUGCGCCUCAACAGCAACGCCAAGGCACUGGACAAGGCCAAGAAGAAAGUCACCAUCAUGGUGUUCAUAGUUCUGGCCGUCUGCUUGUUCUGCUGGACCCCGUUCCACCUCAGCACCAUCGUGGCCCUGACCACGGACCUGACCACCACGCCCCUGCUGAUCGGAAUCUCUUACUUCAUCACCAGCCUGAGCUACGCCAACUCCUGCCUCAACCCGUUCCUCUACGCCUUCCUGGACGACAGCUUCCGGAAAGCCUUCAAGAAGAUGCUGGAGUGUAAACCGGCCUGA